UAUUUUUGGGCCCACUCGGCAGCCAUGAAAGAGCAGAGUCAACUCGCAUUUUCCUCUGAUCUGAGAAGAUGUCUCGGAGCGUUGCGUUCGUCACCGGCUCCCAGCUUGACUCUCUGAAGAAGCGUCCGAAUGUCGCCGUCGUGGAUGUCAGGGAUGAUGAAAGGACCUACGACGGACAUAUAGCGGGAUCGCUUCACUUUGCCAACGAUACAUUUCAGGAUAAAUUGGCUAAUCUCGUUGAAGCUACAAAAGACAAGGAUACUGUCGUUUUCCACUGCGCCCUCAGCCAGGUCCGCGGACCCACUUGCGCUCGAAGAUUUGCUGAUUAUCUUGCUGAAAUAAAAGAUGUUGGAGUGAAGAAUAUAAUGGUUUUGGAAAGUGGCUAUAAGGGUUGGGAAGCCUCUGGAAAGCCAAUCUGUCGCUGUUUGGAGGUUCCAUGUAAGGGCUGUGAGUGAACUAAAGGCUGCUGUCUGAGCAGCUUCAAGAAUAUAGAUAAUGCUGGGAUGAAAUGAGUUCCCAACUUAUCAGACAUUUGAACCAUGAUGUAUGGAGCAUUCUUAACGAACUGCAUUCCUACCUAAGAAUCAACAUUAUGAAUUCAGACUAAUCUUGUUAUACUAGAUCUGUUUCUUAAUAGGUUGGGGGCAUUGACUCAAAUUAUUUCCAUGGCAGCAAUAAACCUGCUGCAAGAACUUCAGUCAAGGGGAAAUUGAUCCAUAUGCCUUAAAAUAAAUAAAUGAUCUGUCAAGAUGUUGUUUAUUUAUUUUCCAGUCAAGUUAUUGGAUAGUUGAAAUAUUGCUGGACUAAUCCUCCUUACCUUAACAUCACAAAUUCAUCGUCUUCGCCAUCACAAAUGGGAACCCUUUACAUCAUUAAUUCAUCCAAACUUACGACAACAUUUUACAGACAUAAAGAAGCUGGAAAUUGAUCAACCUUG